CCUAUCCUAUGGAUAAAUUACUUGACUUGCCCUGAAAGAAUCAGUAGUGCCGUUGGAUAUUGACCAUCUUGGCCUUAGGGCUUUCACAAUGAAUGGAAGGUCAUGUGGCAUGAGUCUCCAUCGUGCGUCGAGAACCCCACAGGGGCCUGGGUUGCUCAGUGGUCAACAUAUUCCUUCCAUCAGAGCCCACUCAGGCACUCCGGGCCCCUCGUCCUGUGCCAGCACACCCAGCCCCACCAUUGGAAGUCUUGCUAACAGCCUCCAUCUCAAGAUGUCCUCCGGAGCAGGGAUGGCUCCUCAGAGCAACAUGGCCGUGAGCCCCAUCCAUCUGCCUGCCCUGAGCCCGAGGAGACAGUUACUCACCAAUGGGAAGCCUCAAUUUCAGGCCACUCACACUGGUGGCAUGGCAUCAUCACUUACUGUAAAAUCCAAACAGCAAGAAUUUGGAGACCCCUUUUCUUCAAAUCCCGAGAAAGGGGCUCUUGGCUUUGGGCCUCAGUGCAAGUCCAUUGGAAAAGGCAGCUGCAACAAUCUAGUGCUCACCAGCAGUCCCAUGAUGGUUCAGCGACUGGGACCCAUUUCACCUCCAGCAAGCCAGGUCUCCACAGCACGCAAGCAGAUCAGUCCUAGCUUACCGAGGGCAGUGAAUGCAGCCAACCUGAAUAGACCUCCUUCAGAUUCCAGGUCCCUUAUUUUGCAAGAGUCUCUGGUGUCCACGACUUUGAGUCUGACAGAGAGUCAAUCGGCCUUGAGUGUGAAGCAAGAGUGUUCUCAGAGCUACAGGGCUUUCCCUUCGCUUUCAUCCAACCACGGCUCUCAGAAUGGCAUGGACCUAGGGGACCUCCUUAGCUUGCCCCCUGGCACGCCAGGGUCCAGCAAUAGUGUCUCUAACUCUUUACCACCCUACCUUUUUGGCAUGGAAAAUAGUCACUCCCCUUACCCUAGUCCUCGGCACUCAGCAACCAGGUCCCACUCCACCCGCUCCAAGAAGAGAGCGCUGUCCUUGUCCCCACUGUCUGAUGGCAUUGGGAUUGACUUCAACACUAUCAUCCGUACUUCGCCCACAUCCUUGGUUGCCUACAUCAACGGAUCAAGAGCCUCCCCUGCCAACAUGUCUCCACAGUCAGAGGUCUAUGGGCAUUUCCUGGGUGUUCGCGGCAGCUGCAUCCCCCAGUCUUGUGCAGUAUCCAGUGGGCAGAAAGGCGUACUGGUGGCCAGUGGAGGACAGGCGCUGCCAGGCUAUGGCGAGGAUGGUACGCUGGAGUACGAGCGCAUGCAGCAGCUGGAACAUGGUGGCCUGCAGUCUGGACCUGUAAACAACAUGGUGCUGCAGCCGGGCCUACCGGGCCAGGAUGGCCAGUCAGCCAACAUGCUCAAAACGGAGCGCCUGGAGGAGUUCCCAGGCAGUUCCUUGGACCUGCCCUCCGCACCGCCUCUCCCUCCUCUUCCCCCGCCUCAGGGCCCCCCACCCCCGUACCAUGCCCACCCACACCUUCAUCACCCAGAGCUCCUGCCUCACACCCAGCCACUGGCCCUGGCCCAGGCUGGCCUGGAUGAGGAUGGGGAGAUGGAGGACUCGGGAGGCAAGCACUGCUGUCGUUGGAUAGACUGCAGCGCCCUAUAUGACCAGCAGGAGGAACUGGUGAGGCACAUCGAGAAGGUCCACAUAGACCAGCGCAAGGGGGAAGACUUCACCUGCUUCUGGACUGGCUGCCCUAGAAGGUACAAGCCCUUCAACGCCCGCUAUAAACUGCUGAUCCACAUGAGGGUCCACUCUGGGGAGAAGCCCAACAAGUGUACGUUUGAAGGCUGCAAGAAGGCUUUUUCAAGACUUGAGAACCUCAAGAUUCACUUGCGGAGCCACACGGGUGAGAAACCAUACCUGUGCCAGCACCCAGGCUGCCAGAAGGCUUUCAGCAACUCCAGUGACCGUGCCAAGCACCAGAGGACACAUCUUGACACUAAACCGUAUGCUUGUCAAAUUCCAGGAUGUGCAAAACGCUACACAGACCCAAGUUCCCUAAGAAAGCACGUGAAGGCGCAUUCUUCCAAAGAGCAACAAGCAAGGAAAAAGCUACGGUCUAGCACUGAGCUCCAUCCAGAUCUCCUCACGGACUGUCUCGCUGUGCAGCCCCUGCAGCCAGCCACUUCCCCCAGAGAUGCUGCUGCUGAUGGCGCCGUGGGACACUCCCCGGGGCCAGGGCCUGGGCCUGAACUCUAUCCAGCUCCCAUUUUCUCCAGCAAUCAUUCAAGCCGAAAUGGAACAGCUGCUGGGGCCGUGCCACCCCCACAUCCUGUCAGUCACCCUUCGCCGGGACAUAAUGUACAGGGGAGCCCCCACAACCCCUCCUCCCAGUUACCUCCACUCACAGCUGUGGACGCAGGCACUGAGAGGUUUGCACCUCCGACUCCAUCUCCUCAUCACAUCAGCCCGGGAAGAGUUCCAGCUCCUCAGUCACUGCUGCAGAGGACACAGUCUGCCCACACCCAGCAGCCACCAGGCGCUCUCCUGAAGUCCUACCAGCCAGAAACAAACUCUGCUUUUCAGUCAAAUGGUAUCCACGUCCAUGGAUUUUAUGGCCAGCUGCAGACAUUCUGCCCCCCGCAUUACCCUGAUUCCCAGAGAACUGUGCCACCCAGCAGCUCCUGCAGUAUGGUGCCUGCCUUUGAGGACUGCCUGGUCCCCACAUCCAUGGGUCAGGCUGGCUUUGAUGUUUUCCAUAGAGCCUUCUCAACACACUCAGGCAUUACAGUGUACGAUUUGCCUUCCGCUUCUUCAAGCCUCUUUGGGGAAGCUCUUCGCAGUGGCCCCGAAGAUCCCACAUUCUUGCAGCUCAGCGCUGUGGACCGUUGUCCUAGCCAGCUCUCCUCUGUGUAUACUGAAGGCUGAAGGCUCUGCGGAUCUCCCCUGCACAUCCAGGACCUUUGAGUCACCUCCUACCUUCACACUCUGACAAGCAGUGUGAGGAUGCCAACCAAAUCCGUGGAGCCAGUAGAGUCACCAGGUCUUUGGAAGGCAGGACUGGAUGGUCUUCGGAUCUGGCUUUUCAGGAAAGCUCGCACCUCUUCCGUUUUCCCUCAAUUGGCUGGGCCAGGUGACACACAGGAAUUUCUUUUCAAAGGGAAUUUAGAGUCUCACUUUAAAGAUACCUGUUCCUUCCUGGCUGUCAGCUCUCAAAAGACACCAAUGAAUGUGCACAUGAAUGGGAUGACCCUUGCUCAAGACUUAAGGGGAAGACUGCCCAGUUACCAGAGGCAGAAUGUGCUGCCUCGCCCGUGUUUUCCCUCAUGGCUGAGUGAUGCACAGCCAUAAACAGUGUGGGAAAUCCAUGUCCAAAGCAGGCGUGGCUUGGACUCUCUCAGACUCUGGCUUUAACAUUUGUCUUGCAUAGACCAUGCUAACUAUUGCUUCUCAAUUGAUCCUCCAAUGGCAAGAUAAGGUUUUAUAUUUGGCAACCUACU